UCCUUGAAACGGUUCUCCCAGUUUAUGCUUACCUUUACUUCAUUGGUUGAAUCUUCUUCAUCAUCCAUAACACAAGAAGAUGUAACUGCUAUCGAAGUUAAUUCGAACCAAAAAAGAUUAAUGGAGGAUUUGAGCCGAUUGUCGAGGAUGCUGCAAAGAAUUCAGGCAGUUUUUCAUGAUACCGAGGAGAGGGAGAUCUAUGACAAGGCUAUCCAACUCUGGCUCAACGAGCUCAGAGAAGUUGCAUAUGAUGCUGAAGAUGUCUUGGAUCAAUAUGAUUAUCAAGUUAUCAAAACCCAAUUGGAAGGAAUGACACCAAUAGCUGAAGUAAAGCCUUCUCUAAAAUGGAAACAAGUUGAAGAUGAUGAUAUUUAUGGCUACCAGGUAUCACUUCCUCCCUCUAAUUCAAUUAAAAUUCCCAUUUCUUGUGACAUGGCCAUGAGGAUCAUUGAGAUCAUAAAGAAAUUUGAUGAGAUUGCACAUGAUAGAAAAGCACUUUAUCUUAGAGAAGAAGAUUCACCUAGGCGGCCUCGUUUCAAUGAUGUUAUGAAGAGGCCACCAAGUAGUUCUCUUGUGCUUGAAUCUAAUGUUUUUGGAAGGGAGCAGGAAAAGAAAAAGAUAAUUCAAUUGUUAAUGUCUCAUUCAAAGACAGAGAACAUUGUAAUUCCCAUUGUCGGCAUGGGGGGUGUGGGAAAGACGACACUUGCUCAACUUGUAUACAAUGAUCAUGAGGUAUGCCAUUAUUUUAGCCCAAAGGUUUGGGUUUGUGUCUCUGAACAAUUUGAUGUUUUGAGAAUAACAAAAGAAAUUUUGUCAUCCGUUGUUGGUUCAUCCAAGUACAGUGAUAAUAAUAACUUGAAUUAUCUUCAAUGCAAACUCAAGGAUGCUCUAUUGAAUAAAAAAUUUCUUCUUGUUCUUGAUGAUAUUUGGAAUGAGAGAGCAGAUAUAUGGGAGGCCUUAUGAGCCCCCUUUUCUGGUACUGGAGUAGGAAAGAUUAUUAUAACAACUCGAUCUAUGUCAGUUGCUCACAUCAUGCAAAUGGUGUACCCACUUCGGCUUGAAUGCUUGCAUGAAGAGAAUUCAUGGUUAUUGUUCCAAAGUUAUGCUUUCCAUGGUUGGAAGCAUGAUCAACAGCUGGAUUUUGAACAACUUGGGAGGAGAAUUGCUAAGAAAUGUGACGGAUUGCCUUUGGCAUUAAAAGUUAUUGGGGGAUUUCUACGAAAUGAAUUUAAGGAGCAAACAUGGAAGGAUGUGUUAAACAAUAAUUUAUGGGAUCCCAAAGAAAUUAUUUUGUCUGCGCUAAGGAUAAGCUACAAUCACUUGCCAUCAUAUCUUAAACCAUGCUUUCUCUAUGCAUCUCUGUUCCCAAAGGAUUGUUACUUUGAGAAACCAGAAUUGAAAAGAAUGUGGAUCGAUAAAGGUUACAUUCAGCUUACAGAAAGAAAAAGUUUAUGGGAAGAUAUUGCACUUGAAUACUUUGAAGACUUGGUGAGAAGGUGAAUUGGAUCGCUCAUAUUGCUACGCUUGAGGAUUUGGUUG